AUGGUUUUGCUACAAUUAGAUCCGUUUCUCAAUGAACUCACCAGUUUGUUCGAGCGCAGUACCGAGAAGGGUUCUGUUUGGGUUACUCUCAAACGAUCAUCCUUGAAAUCUAAACUUCAGAGGAAUAAACUAGCUACUGAUGGUAAACCAAUUGAGUAUAGAUGUCUUAUACGGGCCACUGAUGGGAAAAAGACGAUUUCUGCUUCGGUUGGACCAAAGGAUCAUCAACGCUUUCAAGCUUCUUAUGCAACUAUAUUAAAGGCCCAUAUGACUGCUCUGAAGAAGAGAGAAAGGAAGGACAAGAAGAAGUCUGCAGAGAUCGAUAAAAGAGAAGGAACUUCUAAGAGGCCUAAGAAAUCCUGA